AUGAAUCCCAGAAAAUGUGCUGUGAAUUCACUGAACCAACCUCAGCUAGGAAUAAGCUCACCUGGGAUGGAAGAUAUACCAGUUCUAGGUUCCAGUUCGCUCUAUGGAUACCUAGAAGCGGAGCGAAAACGCUCUAGUAAAUAUGGAACAUUUAUGGGACGUACAAUAGGGAAGGCUUUAGCUGCAGCAAAAAGGAUUAUGCUCACGAUCUUGCGUUUCGCCAAAAGAUCAAUGGGUAUAACCAAGUUACUCAAAUAUGCCAUCUCGUGCAUAAUAUAUGGCACUGGAAAAUUCGGCAUAAUGAGGAAACAAGCUAAAGCGUUUGAUGAGUCGAUUCGCAAGUUGUUGGCAGAAUCACGGAUGCGAUCUAGCCACAGCUGCAUAUCAAGGCUCUAUGUUAUCAAGAAAAAGAGGGACCCGCCGAGGAGGAAGCGGAACACUCUGUGGUGUAUACAUAAUGCUGCCUCUUCUCAAGGCCGGGAUUUCAAGAUUGCUACGGUCUGUGCGAAAGCUUACGAAGCAGCACUCAAGCCUGCAUUCAAAUCAAAGACCGUACGUUCGCAACGCCUUCGGAGGCAGCGCGAGCCAUUUCGACUCUUGUUCACGAACGGUGAGCUCGCACCCGAAUGCACGAGUGGAGGCAAAGGGCAGGACGAGUAG